AUGCAGCGCUCGCACGUUCUGUUGGGCCUGCCGAUGGUGCGCGCGGUUGCUGCCGCGGGGUGGCGUUACCACAAGCACGGCAAGCCGGAGAAGGUGCUGCAGUACGAGCGUUUCCGCGUGCCGUUCGACCGCGGCGGGGCGCAGGCGGUGGUGAAGAUGUUGGCCGCGCCGGUGCACCGACACGAUCGCAACAUGAUUGCCGGUCACUGCGGCCCCGUGCGACCGCCGGCGUUCCCGCAGGUCGCUGGAGUCGAGGGCGUUGGUGUCGUCGAGGAGGUCGGCGCCGGUGCAACACUCGCGCUGCGUGAGGGGGACCUCGUGUGGGUCAACAAUCCAACGGUCGGCACGUGGGCGACGCACAUCGUCACAGACGUGGACAACUUAGACGUUGUGCCGAACCGCGCUGACGUUGAUGUGGAGUACCUCUCCGCGCUGUCGCUCUUCCACACCGCGUAUCACCUGACGAACAGCUUCGUGAAUCUUCAGCCUAAUGAUGUGGUGCUGCAGACGGGCGCCUCCUCCUCCAUCGCGCAGAUCUGCCAGGGUUACAUCCGCGCACGGGGGGCGAAGUUGUUUCAGACGAUGCAGCUCGGCCGCACGGAGCAUGCGCAUUUGGUGGCAUUCUUCAAGUUGCGUGGUGCCUUCGCUGUCGUACCGUAUAACUACGUGCGCACCAACUACAUGCGUCGCCUUCUCUCUGAUGUUCCACCACCAAAGUUGCUGUUGAACCACACCUGUGGCAACUAUGCGUCUAGUCUUGUAAACCUACUAGGUGACAAUGGAGUCUGUGUCACGUACGGUAGCACGAGCGGGAAGCCAAUGCAGAUAGCGAACAUGGAUGCGAUUGCGCGUGGAAUUCAGUUCAAAGGUUUUUUCUUGCCUAACUGGGUACGCCGUCAUACACGGGAGGCGCGUAUGCGGGUGCACCAGAAUGUUGUGGAGAGCAUGACUAUCUCCCAGGGACACGGUAUCUUCCGCGCGCAGCGCUUCAAAAUGGAUGGCGACAGCCCCUUUGCCUUCAGUAAUGCGUGGGAUGCCCCGCUCGCAAGCCGCAAGCCAAUCUUGCGCAUGGUUGGUGAAUACGGCGAGUGGCGCCGCCCCCGCUCUGACCAAGCGGCGUGGAACAUUGGGCGCGCCGUAUGGGACGACCUGUUGCAGCAGAUGUGGGAAAGUGCAGGCACAACGGAGAACCCACAGUCAAUGAAGUACUACACUCCCUUCAAUGAUAUCUACUCGCAUUUCCACGACGCAAAGCAGACGAAGGAGAUGGGUCACCGCGAUGUGUUCUUCCGCCGCCCCAACGCUCCACGCCACAACGCGGCGGAGAAGGUGUAG